AUGCCUUUCCGGAUUAGGCUUUUGAGAGAGAGUUUUGAUCCGAAGUUGAGUAAAUUUACAGGGAGAGAAAGAGACACGAACGCUGUGGGGAGACAGAGAUCUGGUACAUUGGCGGUGCAUCACCAGCGACAGCAUUCCGACAACUCCGUAGAGGCCUCUUCCAAUGGCCGAUGGCUACAAUCAACUGGUCUUCAACACCUUCAGUCCUCAAAUAACACUGUUCCUUCUCCACAGGGCUUUGAUCACUAUGGUGGAGGAGGUCAGGGUAUGAGAAUGUAUAGGAAUUCGCAGAGGAUUUCUAGUGGAGGGAGUGACUUUUUCACUGAGCCAUUGAUGCCGCCGGCAAUGUCAAACCGUAGGAAGAAUGCUGAGGAACAAGCGUCUCUGAAUGAGUUCAGUCGUGGACUCUUGGAUCUACACUCUUUCGAUUCUGAGCUUCUACCUGAGGUGCCAGUUCCUGGUCUGUAUGAUGCCCCUUCCACCCAUCAUUUUGGUUGGGGAAGAAGCUUUGAUGAAUCUGAACCAUACUAUGAGAAUAACAAACCAACUGGCAGGGUUCUUGGUUUGCAAGAGAACAAUCCUUUCAAAAAUUCUGCUCCAGAUAAAGAGAAGGCCAGCAAUGUUGCAAAGAUCAAAGUGGUGGUGCGCAAGAGACCUCUAAACAAAAAGGAGUUGGUGAAGAAUGAAGAGGAUAUCGUAGAGACACAUUUCAAUUCUCUAACGGUCAAUGAGACUAAACUUAAGGUUGAUCUAACAGAGUAUGUGGAGAAGCAUGAAUUUGUUUUUGAUGCUGUGCUGAAUGAGGAGGUUUCAAAUGAUGAGGUAUAUCGUGAAACUGUGGAGCCCAUAGUUCCAAUUAUUUUUCAACGCACCAAGGCAACUUGCUUUGCAUAUGGGCAAACAGGGAGUGGAAAAACUUACACUAUGAAACCACUACCCCUUAAAGCAUCACGGGAUAUUUUGAGACUUAUGCACCAUACUUACCGGAACCAAGGCUUUCAAUUAUUUGUCAGCUUCUUUGAGAUAUAUGGAGGAAAACUCUUUGAUCUCCUCAACGAGCGGACAAAACUUUGCAUGAGAGAGGAUGGUAAACAGCAAGUUUGCAUUGUGGGUUUGCAGGAGUACAGAGUAUCUGAGGUGGACACAAUUGAAGAGUUUAUUGAGAAAGGAAAUGCUACAAGAAGUAUAGGCACGACUGGUGCAAAUGAGGAAUCCUCCCGAUCACAUGCCAUACUUCAGCUUGUUAUUAAGAGGUUAGCUGAUGGUAGUGUAUCUAAGCCUCGAGUUGUUGGCAAACUCUCCUUCAUAGACCUUGCUGGAAGUGAACGCGGUGCAGAUACUACAGACACCAAUAAGCAGACAAGAAUGGAAGGUGCUGAGAUCAAUAAAAGCUUGCUUGCUUUAAAGGAAUGCAUACGAGCUCUUGACAAUGACCAGGGUCAUAUCCCUUUCAGAGGCAGUAAAUUAACUGAAGUUCUGAGGGAUUCAUUUGUUGGAGAUUCACGGACUGUUAUGAUAUCUUGCAUUUCCCCAAGUUCAGGAUCAUGUGAACAUACUCUUAACACAUUAAGAUAUGCUGACAGGGUGAAGAGCCUUUCUAAAGGGAACAACUCCAAAAAAGACAUCUUGAAGGAAUCAACAACAUUACCCUUAUCUUCGGUUUUACCACCUGCAUCAACUUUUGAAGAUGACAUAGCUGAUUCAUGGCCUGAACAAACUGAUAGAGAGGAAUAUGAUGCAUCAGAAGAGUUCUAUGCGCAAGAGAAUCGAUCAUGGAAAAAUGGAAAACUUGAAGCAUAUAGUCUCGCAAAUAUGGAUGGUAAAAUGAAAAGAGACAAUGGCCAGACAAAAUGGAAGGACCCUAAAAAAUUUGUUUCAAAACAUUCACACUCUGAUGAUGAUUUGAAUGCCCUGUUAAAGGAAGAGGAAGAUCUUGUGAAUGCUCACCGGAAAGAAGUGGAGGAGAUGAUGGAUAUUGUGGGACAGGAGAUGGACCUGUUGUUUGAGGCAGAUCAACCAGGAAAUCAACUGGAUGAUUAUGUCUCUAGAUUGAACACAAUCCUAUCCCUGAAGGCAAAAAGCAUCCUACUACUACAAAACUGCCUGACUCGUUUUCAAAGUCGUCUAAAGGAGCAUAACGAGUUGCUGAUGAACACAAUGGUUGGUUUUGUCAAUGAAGCAUUGUUUUAUUCAAAUCAUACUCAACUGGCAACGAGAAAUUUGGAGUCGCGGCAAUGCCCAGGACGAUUUCUUGAUCACUGUUCUCUUCCAGGGCAUUCUCGUCAUUUCGAACAUCUCUUUUUCCCGCUCUUUCAUACCCUUCAAAAAGCUCCCGCUUCACAACCACGCAAAAAGAAAGAGGGAGAGGUAGAGAAGGGUUUGAUUCCAACCAGUGAACUGCUAGAGAUGGGUUUUACCAGGACACUUAGCUUUCUUGUGUUUCUACUGUGCGUUCUCAUCUCUCUGAAGAACCAAAAUGUCGAAACCGAUAAGGGUUCACAAGCCGGGAUUUUUGCUGCUCCAUCACAAUCUUGGCCGUUGUUCUUGUCAACCAAGUUGGAGGAGAAGAUCGAAGAAGCUGAUGAUCCCAGAUCUCGGAGAUACGAUCACUAGAAUGAAUCGUGCCCACAAG